GACCCGGAAAAGAAACAAUCAGAUACUUUGAACUCUGACCCCGCCCACCGUGUACGUGGAGCAAAAACAAUUACUCAUAUGCUGCUCGUUUUCUCUUCUGACCUUAGUCGUGCAAGAAUUUUUGAGAAAUAGGUACUGACCGAUGGUAUAUUAUUUAGCAAACUAUAUGGGGAAGCUGAUGUUGUCUUUAGAAGUCAUGUUUUCUACGUUUGCUUGACAGCCAAUGAUAGCACUCCAGGUAACGUUAGCUAGCUAACUAAUGUCGCUAGCAAGCUAGCUAGGUAACCCAUAAAAAAACACAGGUAAAUUGUUCAACUGCGUAAGCUAGGAAUGUAAAUAACUUUUGAAAUGAAAACUAGCUAGCAAUCAUUAUCAUUGUCUUGCAUUUACGAACCCUGGCAGUGGUUGUGUGUGACAUUUAGCUAGCUAGCUGAUUAACUAAACCGAUGGCUCCUAUGGGAAUCCGUCUUUCGCCACUCGGAGUGGCCGUGUUUUGCUUAUUGGGACUCGGCGUGAUCUACCACCUAUAUGCCGGAGUUAUAUCCAGCCGCAUAGCUGCUUUCACGUCGAAGAGAACAGUGAAUCUCCGCGACCUGCUCGCACUGUCAGUCGAGGCUGCAGUCCAGGGCGGUCGGGAGGUGAAGAGGGUCAGAGAAGAGGACAAGUUAGAAGAGAAGACCAAGGGGAAAACGAAGGAAGGGGCGAGUGAAAAGCUCACUCAGGGGGACUUAAACUCUCACAGAAAGAUGUAUUAUCUUAUCAAGAACACUUAUCCAUAUGUACAGGUGAACUCUGAAGAACAUGAUGAGACCAACAAUGAGCUGGGGGUGUGGAACAGAGACAUCCCUGCUGACAUCCUAAAAAGCGUGGAGGUGGGCAGGGAUGUGCCUGCUGACAGUAUCACCAUCUGGAUAGACCCACUGGACGCCACUCAGGAGUAUACAGAGAACCUGCUCAAGUAUGUCACGACCAUGGUGUGUGUGGCCGUGGAUGGGAAACCUGUCAUAGGCGUGAUCCACAAACCUUUCACAGGAUACACAGCUUGGGCCUUGGUUGGUCAUGGGUCUAACAUGAAGCCUCGCACCACCUACAACAUGAACCCCCCCAAGGUCAUCGUGUCCCGGUCGCAUGCCGGGAAGGUGAAGGGUUUCAUCGAGGAGGCUUUCGGCAACACUACAGUUAUUCUCCCAGCAGGGGGUGCAGGCUAUAAGGUGUUGGCUCUGCUGGACCCCCUUGAUGAGGACAUUGAGAAGGCUGACGUGUACAUCCACGUCACCUUCAUCAAGAAGUGGGACAUCUGCGCCGGCAACGCCCUGCUCGCGGCCCUGGGAGGUCACAUGACUACGCUGAAGGGCGAGGAGAUAGACUACUCGGGGGCCGCGGGCAACAGGGAGGGUCUGCUGGCCAGCGUCAAGGUGGACCACCAGGACCUGGUGGCCAAACUGCCGGCAUGGGACUCCUCUGACAAACACUGAGGAUCACACACACACUCACACACACACACACACACACACACACACACACACACAUACACACAGAUGAUCAGAGACAAAUGGAUAAGAUGACCAUAAGCCUUGAAGAUCUAACAAGCACAGAUGAGAGGACAAGACAAUAAUGCAAUAUAUUACAAAGCCCGCCAGUCUCCUUCAAACUCCUUUCUCCAUUUGUUAACGUUUGUUAAGCUAGAUAGGUUAACCGUUUGAGGAGAUAAAUUGUUUAACUCUCGCUUAACACCUUACAUGAUAGGGGUGGGGUUUUGGCUGCUGCAAUGCGAAUCGAGUUUGAAUAUUGGAAUGGUAGUUUGAGUAGACCUUUCCUUUAAAAAAUAUAAUACAUUUUCCGCUUGACACAGUCCCAACGUGAAAAUCCUACAUCCUGGAAAGUCUUAACUGCUGACAUGCAAGACAUUUUGGGAUUGUACAGUGGACUAAUGGAAAAAAAUACCAAAAGAUUGUUUGAGUGGAUUUGUACUUUAAUGCAUGGUACUUCCUUCAGAUUCACAUUCAUUUGAUUGUUCUGUAUGCAUGUGAAGGUACAGUUUCCUUAUUUUUUCAUGAAUAUCAUCAAAGUUCACUUUGUAUCGCAGCCUCCUUCGCCUCCACCUUUUGGGAAAAAGGCUAUACAGUGUGUUAAAUCCAUAUGUGGCUUAUUUAGUCAAUGCAUUUGUAAGUAAGUCUUCUCUACUAGAAACCAUGCUUUUGUAUGUAUGUUAAGUGGAAAUACUUAUUAGCUAAACAUGCUAAUUUAGCAACAAUAUAUUGGAGAUCUUUGGUAAUGAUUUAGAUUGUCAACAGAACACCCCUACUGUAUAUUGACAUUCGGAAUAGACCAUCCAUACAUGGAUAUCACUAACACUGUGAAUACUAACUGUAUUGUCCAACUGCGCUUUCUCAAAAGGACUAUUUUUGUGCCGUGUGUGCACAUGUUUUGUGUCUGAACUGGAUGUGAUUGCUAAGCCUGUGCAUAUAGCUGUCAUGUAGCUGUGUCUCUCAAACUCCCCUCUUUUGUUUCAAAUGAAAUGGCGGUGUGCAUGACAUCAGUGACGGGGUUAUGACUGCUUCAUACGUGAUCGAGAUCAUUUCAUUUCUGUUUGACGUAUGUUGCACUGUUGAGAAUUACAGGUUCAAAGCUGUCCCUGUCCAUUAAUUGAACCCGUUUCUAUAAGCACUUGUCAUGUUUUCAAAAGAUAGCGUAUCUUAUGAAGAGAUUACAGCAAAAAUAAAGAAGCAGAAUGAUGGAAUCCUAAA